AUGACCAUGCCGAAAAACCACGUCCGGUUCGAUGAGAACAACCGCAGUGGCACCGCCGGCAAUCAAAGGCGCCACGCUUUGAUCUGCAAGUUGGACAGGCAAAACAAACCGUUAGCUACCCCGCCGGACCUGAGGGUCAUCGACAGGGUCACUUUUGGUAGGUUAAAGAACAAGUCGGUGGUGGUGACGGCCGAAGAGCGGCGGAUGUUGGCCGAACGAUUGAUAGCCGAAAGGGAGAGACUGGAGAACGAGAGCGCAGCCAGGAAAAAACAGCUCCAGAGUUACGACAAUUUAAGGACAAAGGGCAGAAAACUAGCACAGUUAGACGACGAUGCAAACAAAAAAUCCAACUAUUUAUUAGCCAGGGCACACCAAUUGAGACAAGACCAAGAAGAUGAAAUUAAAUGUUGCAACUCGUUGAUAUUGAGCACCAAAUGCCAUGCUAUAAGAAAUGCCCAAAUAGCAGAAAAACAACUUAUACAGAGAGAAAUGAAAGAAGAGGAACGUAGGAUGGAAAAGAUUAUGGAACAAGAACGGAUUUUGGCAGCUAAGGAAUACGAAAAAGCAGCGGAGACGGAGCAACUGAAAAAGAAAUUGCAGGCGAUGGAGAUCGAGAAGCAAAUGAAAGAAAACGAGAUAGCCAGGGAAAUGGAAAACGCCAGGAUCGCUGAAGAAGCAAGGGUCCGGACGGAAGCUGCGAUUGAGGCUCAACGCGAAGAAGUCAAGGACUACAAGUCGAGAAUGGAAAGACAAGCGGCGUUGCGCAAGGAGUUUCUGCAGUUAAACGCCCAGCUGAGAGACAUGAAGAAGAUCGAACAGGAGAUGAACACCAUCGAAAUGUUACAGAUUCAAGAAUAUACUCGCAAGAAAAACGAGCGAGAAGCGGCGUUCGAGGAAGAAACCAGACAGCAAAAAUUGCUCAAGGACAAAACUCUUGCAAAGAUACAAGCUAGUCAUCAAGCGUCGCAAGACAUGCAAGCGGCCAAAGAUGAACUAAACGCUCUCAGGAUCAGAGAUGCGGUGGAACGACAAUGGCGCCAUAAAGAACGCACGGAGGCGUUAAAAAGAGCUAAAGAUGAAGAAGAACUGAAGAAAGCUAGGCAUAAACAAAUCGAAGACCAAAGAAAGAAUUACGCGUUUGAAAUUCAAAGGGAAAAAGAAGAAUUUGAAAAAAUUGUCAAACUCAAUGUUGAAGAUAUUGAGAAAACCAAAGAGCUGGAAAAUAAACACAAACAAAAAAUAGAACAACACCGGAAAAACCUUUUGAAACAAAUUCACGACAGGGAACAAGAAAAGAUACAAGAGAGGAAAAAGUUAUUCGAGGAAGGUAUUAAGCUCAAACAAGAGGAGUUAAACAGACAGAAAACUUUACAGGAGACAAUGAAAAAUAAAAUCGACGACCUCAAAGCACACAAUGUACCAGAAAAAUACGUUCAAGGAAUAGAGAGACAAUUAAAGUUAAAUAAAUAAAACAUUUAUUAAUAUUAUG